AUGGAGGAGGAGGAGGAUGAAUCCUUUGAUCUGCGACACUCGUGGAGAACAUUUACGGUUCCUGCAGUCUCCACAAGUGUAAAAACAGGGCCGCAUGUUGGAAUCAACAGUAACUCUAAUUAUAAGAGUGGUAUGUAUACACUUCUUCGCCCGUAUCGCGUGAUUGGAACAAACUCUGAUGAACAGUCACUCUUUUUUCUUUCACUUAUUAGUCCAAAUUUAGAAUUACUGAGUGCCACAGCACAUCUUUUUAUUCAACUCAAUGCCCAAUUUCGUCAAUGUGUAGUAGAAAAUGAAGAGAAGUUAACAGAACUUCGUCGUUGUCAAGAACAACAACUCACAAAUCUCUUGGAGGCUGCAAAUGGUGGAGUCAAAGAUAUAGUGGUGGGAUCGGAUAUUACACAACGUAUUGUAUUAAAACAUCAACGUGAAUUGGAUGAACUACAACGUCAAAUUUAUGAAAGUGAAACAUUACUUGAAAUGGAUUUACGUCAGAGUCUUUUGGCAUUUCUUAAAACAUCUGCACCUGCAGCAAUGGCACUUUUUGCAAAAGGUGGUGGAAAAGGAAGUUUACAUAAAGGUAUAGCCAAACCUCAACGUAUUACAAAUAUUUCACACUUUGUCUCUGAAAGAGUACCUGUACGAACGGUAGAACUUCCAAAUCUUUUACAACGUGAAAUGAAUACUUUUCGACCUAAAGAUAUGUCAUUACGUCCUAUUGCAGUAGAUAUUUCUCCAGAAUCAUCACUACAGACAUGUAUUAACUCUCUUUAUGAAGUUGAUCAAGGUACAGAAGAAAUAGCAACAGUAGUAGAGGAACAUCUUUUACGUCUCUCACAUAAAAUAAAUUCGGUAUUACUUCUUAUUGGUUCACAAGCGGAAGCAGAAUCUAUCUUAUCGGUUCCAUCAGCUGAACUAUUACUACAACCACAACAGAAAGAAGAGCAACAAGGAGAUGCAUUACCUAAAGCUGGAGAGAAAUUACAAUUUGUUUCUUUAAAAUAUCAUUCUUGUUUAAAAGUAAUGCUUACUACACGAUUUUGGGGAGCUAAUAUUAUAUUUCUCUGGACACCAUCAAAGAAGGAAGAUGAUGGAUCUAAUAAAAUACCUUCUGUUGUAGAAGAUGCAUUAAAUUUAGCCUGUGCGUGGAAUGCUGAUAUGUUUUCUGUAGCUAUUUUGAAAUCAUCUAUUUCAUCUCUUAGAAAUUCACAACAUGGAUUUCUUGAACAAGCACAGGAUUUAUCUGUGGAAGUUUUACUUCAAUUACAACGUGGUAUUGCCCGUUUAGCGUAUGAAGGAACUGCAACGACGGUCCUUUCUUCUUCUUGGAAUAUAUCAGAGGAAUCAAAUAAUCAACAAGAAAAACAAUGGCAAGAACAACAACGUUGGGAUGAUGGUUACGCUGUUACUUCUCCAGCAUGUGCGGGAUCGACACAAACAACAUUUAAUACCCCUGUAGCUAUACGUGUGUUUAUUCCUGCUAAUGUUUUAUCUCCAGAGAAACAUCCCUCUCCAUCUUCACGGGAAAGUACAGUUGUUUCUUCGGUUACUGGAGCUACUAAUACUACUGUUGCUGCUGGUGCUGCUGGUGGCGAAGAGACCAUGAGGAAAAAUGAAAGGAAUUUACACCGUUCGGAAUCAUCUACAAUAAUGCAAGAGAAUGAGAGUUUCUCUAGUAAUAUUAUGGAAACACGAGAUAGUGGAUCAAGAUUGAGACAUGCAAUGACGUUUAAGAAACUUCUUUUGUACACGUUUGGUGAUUCAGUUGUGGUUCACUGA